AUGACGUUGCUAGAUCAGCUCAUUGGUGGACGAUCGCGACGAAGGCGGCGCUCUACCACUCUGCUUUCCAUAUUUAUUCUAGCUCUAAUUUUUGAUCAGGUAUCAUGUUUCACAGAAGUGCGCUGUCCGAAGCUCGACAUCCGAAAUUCCCCACGUCGAGUCUUCGACCAGAGCGAGCGAGUGACGGAUCUCGCGAUGCUCAAGAAUUGUACAAUCAUCGAGGGUUCUCUCUCAAUCACGAUGAUCAGCUCAAACACGACAAUGAAUGAUUUCGUCGUCUUUGAGAAUCUCCGUGAGAUCACCGGCUAUCUACUCAUCUUUCAAGUCGGUGCCCUUCGCACGUUGAGUCGAAUCUUCCCAAAAUUGCGAGUGAUCGGCGGAAAUGAGCUUAUUAUGAGCUACUCGUUGAUCAUCUUCCAGAACGAUGAUCUCAUUGAAGUGAACUUGCCGAGUUUGACGACAAUUAGGAAUGGAGGAGUACGGAUCACGGAGAAUUCGCAUCUAUGUUUUGUGAAGACGAUCGAUUGGAAAUCGAUUGUGGUAGGGUCGAUCAAUGACAUUCUCGUCGAAGAUUACGCAUCGAUGCCCACCGCGAAUAAAGAAGACGCUUGCAACGAGUACUGCGAUCCGGUUGAUGUCGAUGAGGGUAUUUGCCAUAAGAUAAAUGAUGGAAACGCUUGUUGGAAUGCGACCACAUGCCAAAGGAGCUGUAAAUAUUCCCUGGCACAAAACGGAAGUGGCCCAGGACCUGGAUGCUCGGAUCAAGACUGGUCACAGUGUCAUCCACAAUGCAUCGGCGGUUGCUCUCGAGCCAACGACUCAGCUGCCUGUUAUUCAUGUUUUCAUGUGGUCCAUGAUAACAAAUGCAUUGACGCCUGUCCGCCGGAUCUCUUCACCUUCCUCAAACGACGGUGUAUCACUGAAGCCGCUUGUCGCAGCGUCUCGGCUCGUCAUAAAGCAAUCCAUGGUAAAUGCGUGCCUAAAUGCCCGGAUGGAUAUCAAGAAGAUUCAAAAGACCCACACCUUUGUCAAAAGUGCAAAGAAAGUUGCCCGAGGAGGUGUGAUGGAAAGACCGUUGAUUCUAUGGGACAGGCUUUGAGCUUAAAAGAUUGUUCGAUUGUCACCGGCAAUUUGGAGAUCGAGUUAAAGAGUGGAAUGGAUUCUGAGAAACCUGAGAAAUUGGCUGAAGCUUUUGGAAAGAUUGAAGUGAUCGAGGGUUAUUUGAUCGUUCGCUUCUCCCCAACUUUCAUCAGUCUUCACAUGUUCAAAAGUCUCAAUCGAAUCGUUGGCAAGAAUCUUUUCAGAAACAAAUAUUCUCUAAUCGUUUUUGAUAAUCAAAGUCUUCGCCAGUUAUUCAAUCCUGGUCAAAAUAUCACCAUUGAGAAGGGGAAAUUCCAGAUUCAAAACAAUCGAAUGCUGUGUUUCAAUCGGAUUCACGAUUUCAUGAAAGCUGUCGGAAAAGAGAGCGAAAUGGACAAUGAUGAUCAAAGUCCGGACACGAAUGGAGAAAGAGCAAUUUGCGAAGAAUCGAGCUUGGAAGUGACCGUGACCGAGGUGCUGCACAACGGUUUCAUCAUUCAAUGGAAUCCUCUGAAUGACAGCGAUUCUGACUAUCGCAAAUUCCUUGGAUAUCAAGUUUUCUACAAGGAGGUUCACAGUGUUGAUCACAAUAUGUCAAUUGAUGAUGACCGAUCGGCUUGUUCCGAUUCAUGGGUUAUGCAUUUUGAGCCCGAAAAGGAAGAUGUCACAACUUCAAAGACAAGGGGAGCGAUCAUUGUCUCGACGUUGAUCAAAGCCAAUACAAUCUAUGCUUUCUACGUGCAAACGAGAAUUGUGAAACAUGAUGGAGCGAGAAAUUCCGUGUCAAAGAUCGGCUUUCUCACCACCAAAUAUGCGACACCAAAUGAGCCGAAGUUCGAGAAAGCAAAGGCACUUUCAUCUGACUCGAUUGAGAUUGAAUGGGAUGAGCCCACGAUGCCGAACGGAGAGAUCACUCAUUACAUCAUCACAUGGGUACGCGAACGCGAUGAAGCGAUCACCGGACACGCUUGUGAUCGGGGACACUCUCAUGCCGCGAAACCCGAACAACCAUCUGCCACUGCAUCGGUGAUGGCCACGUUUUUACCGAAAAAAGAAGAUCAAGGCACUUGCUCAAAGGUACCCGGUUGCUGUCAGUGCGAUGUGCCUCCAUCGGCAUCGACAAAUCCACUUUCACUUGAGAACGACGAGAAGAUCUCACUAAAGGCGCACUUCGAGAACGAGAUUCAGAAUGUGGUCUUCGUGCAAUCCAGUCGCCGAAGAAAGAGAUCGAUUGACGAGGGGCCGACGGGAAAAGAUGACAAAGUGGGUAAAACGGUGAAAGACGGAAAAGAGAAACCUGGUCAAGCUGCAGGGAAAAGUCAAACUCAGCCUCAAAAGUCUAAACGUCCGCCAGUAUUGCUUGCGCCGAGCCCCUCACAAGAGGCUUCUCCCAGUUGGGAUUACAUUAUUCGAUCGAAAAAUGUCACCGGCACAAGAUUCAAGAUUGAUAAUCUUACCCAUUAUGGAAACUAUCGGAUCACGAUUGCUGCUUGUCAAAAUGUGAGCGUUCCCGAGAACUCGUGCACCCUACGACCAUCAUGGAAAAAUGUUCGAACAACUCCGAUUCCUGAAUACGAUUUGGUGAAAAACGACACGAUUCUCGUUGAAGUGAUUAAUGGAACAACGAACGAUGUGAAAGUAAAAUGGGAUGAGCCGGUUGAUCCAAAUGGCCUAAUCCUUGGAUACAGGAUUCGUUUAGAGAAUCAACUACAAAAUGCGCACGCUUUCGAUCAAUGCAUGAAUCGAUCGCAGUACAACGAGAGCGGCGGCGGGUGGUUGUUUCCGGGUUUACCCGAUGGAACUUAUAAGAUCGAGAUCCGAACCGUGUCACUGGCUGGCGUUUCACAACCGUCUUCACCGAAAGCAAUGGUUGAGGUCUCCGCCCCAUCGUGGUUCACUUGGAAGCGAUUACUCAUCGGCUUAUUCAUUCUCAUCAUUCUCAUUGCAGUAGGAACUUUGGGAAUCUGGUUGAUCAUGAAGAGAUAUUAUGGAAAACAGUUUGGUGAAUUCGUGCGACAAAUCUCCGCAAAUCCGGAAUAUCUUUCUCAGCUGGAAGUCUAUAAACAAGAUGCCUGGGAGUUGCGAAGAGAGGACUUGGAUAUGGAAGAAGAGAUUGGAAGAGGAACUUUCGGACAAGUCUACCGAGGUUAUGGUCGUCAAAUGAAAUCUUUAUGUGGAGUGGUUUUCGGAGAUUGCGCUAUCAAAACCGUCACCGAGACAGCUUCAGCCUCGGAUCGACUUCAUUUCCUGCUCGAAGCGUCGGUGAUGAAGCAGUUCAACACAAACUUUAUCGUCAAGCUUUAUGGAGUUGUCUCCGAUGGGCAACCGGUGUUGGUGGUGAUGGAAAUGAUGUCAAAGGGAAAUCUGAGAGAUUUUCUGCGUUCACGAAGACCGGAUGCUGAAGAGAACACUGAUGAUUUGCCAGUGCCGACGGAGACUCAAUACUUUGAGUGGGCCUCGCAGAUUGCUGAUGGAAUGGCCUACCUUGAGGGUCUCAAAUUCUGUCAUAGAGAUCUUGCGGCCAGGAAUUGCAUGGUGCAAGGCGAUGAAACGGUGAAGAUCGGAGAUUUCGGAAUGGCUCGCGAUGUCUACUAUCACGAAUAUUAUAAACCAACUGGAAAAAGAUUGAUGCCUGUCAGAUGGAUGGCUCCUGAAUCGUUGAAAGACGGAAAGUUCACUUUGAAGAGCGAUGUUUGGUCCUACGGAAUUGUACUUUAUGAAAUGUUGACCUUGGCUCAGCAACCGUAUCAGGGACUUGCCAACGAUGAGGUUUUCAACUAUAUCGGUGUUUCGCGAAAGAUCUUGGAAAAGCCAAUGGAUUGUCCUGAUUUUUGGUAUGAUCUAAUGGUUUGGUGCUGGCGAUAUGAUCCGAGAGAGCGGCCAUCUUUCCAUCAACUCGUUCACAAUCUCGUCGAUAAAGCCUCCGAUUCGUUUAGAGAAAAAUCGCACGUGAUGAACAGCUCGAUGAUGGGUAACGAUGAUGAGCCACCAUAUGUACCUGAGCCUCGGAAAUAUCGAAAUUCUGAUGGACAAGUGAUGCUAGAAAUGGAGGAGAUGAAUCAAGUUUUUCGAGGAAGUGUCACUGAUGACGAUGAUUUUGAAAAUGAUGUACCCAUUCGACAACACGACUACAUCUCGUCAGAACCCGAUGAAUCGACAAGUCCUGAUGUGAAUGGAGCCUCUUCCCAAUGGUCAUCGGGUCGAGCGGGUCGCAAGAAUCGAGCGAUGGGCGAAUUGCCUGGCCUAAACGAGGGCCACGGGACUCCUUUUUCAAACAACGGGUUAUCCAUC